UGGGCGUCGAGCUCAGGCUCUCCGGACCGCCUGGUGUCCUCGGGCAGCAGCAUGGAAGAGGUGCGCGUGUCGGUGCUGACCCCGCUGAAGCUGGUCGGCUUGGUGUGCAUCUUCCUGGCGCUGUGUCUGGACCUGGGGGCAGUGCUGAGUCCGGCCUGGGUCACCGCUGACCACCAGUACUACCUGUCCCUGUAAGAGUCCUGGAAGCCCGCCAGCUUGGACAGCUGGCACUGCGAGUCCACGCUCAGUCCAGACUGGCAGAUUGCUACUCUGGCUUUACUCUUGGGUGGUGCUGCCAUCAUUCUCAUUGCAUUCCUGGUGGGUUUGAUUUCUAUCUGCGUGGGAUCUCGAAGGCGCUUCUACAGACCUGUUGCUGUCAUGCUUUUUGCAGCAGUUGUUUUACAGGUUUGCAGUCUGGUUCUUUACCCAAUCAAGUUCAUUGAAACUGUGAGCUUGAAAAUUUACCAUGAGUUCAACUGGGGUUAUGGCCUGGCUUGGGGUGCAACUAUAUUUUCAUUUGGGGGUGCCAUCCUUUACUGCCUGAACCCUAAGAACUAUGAAGACUACUACUAAAACCAAGUCGCAGAUUAAAAAAAAAAUAGAAAAAGCAACCAUCCAGCAAAAGAUUUACAUCUGCAUCUUUUCUAACUCACUAUUUUCUAAAACACUUGUGGAGCAUCAAGCAGUUUGCUCAGUUGAUUUAAUAUCCUUUGCCUUUUGGCUGUCAACAUCAUAACCAGCUUUUACAUCCAUUUUAGGGACCUGCACAAAUUAAGAGAGCUGUUUAGACGUAGGCAAAUGCUGCAAACUUCCAAUAUGUUCAUGUCAUUUUUCUUGAAAAGUGAAGGGUCUGUAUGACAGCAACCAUUGUGGGAAACUAGUUGGAAUGAGAAUUGCCUGAGUCUCCUGUUGCCUGCAGGGGAGCAGCUGGCAUAGACAGCAUUUAGAAGUUCCUUUGUACACUGAAAAGGAUUCCACUGUUAGAGCCCUUAUCACCUGCUUAUCCCACCCAAUAAUUACAUUGGCUGUUGGUUAUUUGCUUGAGUGAGCUCUUGUAAAGUGAAUGCCCUUCAGCCUCUAAUGGGAGUUGUGAAUAUAACUGGUUAAUGGAACACAUUCCACCUUAGUGAAUACUCUUUAAUGGGAGGUUAUGCUUUGGCAAUUAGCAUCUCCCUGGGAAGGAAGUCAAGACUUGGAGACAUAUGUUUUUCAUUAUGUGAUUAGAAAUUGUGCCCCAGACCCAUCUAGAAUGGGGGGGAAUUAAGGGUCUCUGCUUUCCCUGGGACAAUCAGAAAGAAAUAUGCAUGAGUUGCUUUUGUACCCUUUAAAGCAUUUACGAAACAUUGCAGCAAACAAUUGUGUAUAUGUAACAAGCCUAAGUAUUUUUAUAGAAUGUGAACCAUUAGUAUAAAUGGUAAUAAGUUGUUCCAUAACCAUCCACAUAUCAUUUACUAAUUACACAUACAAUUAACAUUUGCUCUAGUGAAGUGGAUUGAAACACUAACCUUGUACACAUUGUUAAGAGGCUUAGAUUGGUAUUCACACUUAUUUACUAUAAAAAAAAUACAUAUACCUUAAAGCUUUUGCUCUAUGUUCUGUACUGUUUCACUGGAAAGUGUUAAUAGAAUUGCCUAAGAAGAAAAAUUGAAAUGGUGUUAAUCUUAAAAUUAAUGAUUCUUCUGUAAGCACUGUAGUUCAAAAGAGAGUAGCAAUUAGAAUGAUCACUUUGUGUAAAAUUCAUUAAAAUAGAAGGCUGCUAUUUUUUGCAAGUAUUUUAAAUGUCUUCAUUUAAAAAAAAAGAAAUAGUGAUAGAUUUAUAUAAAUUUCUUGAUAGAGGAGUAGAAUUUGUUUGGUUUUCACCUGGUCCUCUAAAGUUAACUGAUCGGCUGAUUUGUGCACACAAUUAUGAUGGGUUUAUGUUAGGGGAAUCAUUUACUGACUAUUUCAAGGGAAGGAAAUAUCAAUACUAGGUACUAAGUUUGCAACUAAUCUCUCAUUGCAAGCUUAUGUUAAUUCUGUUUAAUAUACAAAUUUGGAUAGUUUAAUUAUGAACCUAUUUUUAUAUAAAAUAUACAAUUCUAUAAAACUUAUAAAUAAUUAUUUUUGUUAACAAAGACACUAAAAUAAUAUGUUCUGGUUUGGCCCUUCUGCAGAAAGAAGCAUUGGAAAAAUAACUUAAAACGUUCCUGUGUGCUAUUGUAUUGAAAAAUCCAUUAAAAGUAGGACCACAUCAAUAGUGUUUAAUAAUUUGCUUUACCUCCCAGAACAGAGUUCUGCUUUCAGCUUGUCUUAAGAAUGGUUGCCAAAACAACAGCCCUCUUCCCCUCAAAUAAAACUAUUUUAUUAUUCAAAUGCCAAAAGGCCACAUCUUGUGAAUUUUCUAUAGAAUCAAAAAGUAAAUAUGAAGUACCAGGUUUAUUAUUACUAGGUUUAGUAGUGAUAGACAAAGGUGAUUAAAUGUAUCCUAGAGAGAAACCUUUAUAAACGUGUAUGAUUCUAUAAAGAAUCAUAAGAAACUAUGAGAGGAAAUUUUCCAGAAAGGUAUUAGCAUUAUAGAGUAUUUUGAAGUGAUUUUCUUGAGAAAUAGUAAAAUCUGGGGCAGACUGUCUUGCAGUUUAUUGUGUAUUGUCAGAGCAGUAUGAGAAAUAUGAUAUUUGGAUAGGGAUUUCAGCUAUUAAACAUGCGCUAUUGUAAGAAGUCUUUAUUCCUGAAUAAUGGAAGUACAGUACUUUAGUGCUGACAUCAAUGAGGCACUUUUCUUGGAUCUAGUGGAGGAUGCAGUGUGCUGUUAGACCAAUAUCAUUUUUAGAGUCUAAUCAACUUUUCAUUUUCUUGUCAGUAUGACAAGCUGGAUAGUGAAUGACAGAAUAUGUUAUAGGUUGAGGCAUACAUAAUUGCCAUUUAUUGAAAAGUAGAUUUCUUCUAAAACGUUUGUCCUUUCCCAGUAAGAGCCCUAUAGCCCUAUGCUAUAUUUCUACCAUCCCUAAUAUUUGGGAGUGUUUCAUUAUUAGCAAGGCUCAGUACAACAGGAAAAUUGUUGCUCAUCUGAAAUAACUAUUUUGUCUAUCAGAAUAAACAUGAGUGAAGUUUUCACUUAACAUUAACAUUAUGUCUUUGUGGCUUUAGGUUUGUUUGAUGUCUUCAUAAGCAAAAUUGUUAACCACAAACCCAUUGUUUAUCUUAGAGAAAUAAUAUAUAUACACACAUGCAUAUCAUAAAAGUACUCAGCAGGGCUAGUUAUUCGGAUUUCUUGCACAAGUAAUUAGCUUUUUGUAAGUUCAACAUGUAAAUUUUAAAGUCAUAAAUAGAGAGACCUAUGUGUUUGAAAUAUAAAUGAUAUAUAUGGAAUAGCAUGUACCUGUAUAUUAUUAAACAUGCAAUGAAUUGACUGGUAAGUGAUGUCUAAUUGUAUGGCUAGCAAUGUAAUUUAUUCAGACUGUAUUUUUGUACAGAGCAGCACACACUAACCUAUGCCUCUGUGUCCUCUUUAAUGCCUAAAACUGUGCCUAGAAAUUUCAUCUGUCUUAAAAAAUACAAUAUACUUCAUGCUGUUUAUGCUGUUAAUUUCUCUACUGCUAUACUGUAUUUAUUAUUUUUAAAUAUAUGACAUGUUUACUACUUAAAUAUGAAUUUAUGUUAUCCUGGUUACUUUUUUUUAACAGUCAUCUGGGGUAAACCUGUUUAUCACUCCAGUGAUUUUGAGUUUGCAGUUUCAUGAGCAGUUCAUUUCAUGAUUUUUGUAGUUGACAUGAAGUUAUCUAUGUGGAAAAAAAAUAAAAAUAAAAGUGGUUUCACUGA